AUAAGAUCCACUUCCCCCAAUCCCUCCUCCAACCUCCCCCAGUCAACAUGAGAAUCUUACGGUUGGCUUUGUUGCCGGCGGCGUUAGCUGCGACGGUGUCUUAUGACUUUUCUAUUGAUUGGGUUCGAGCAAAUCCAGAUGGCGCGUUUGAGAGGUCGACGAUAGGCAUUAAUGGAGAGUGGCCGAUACCGAGGAUUGAAGCGAGUGUUGGGGAUACGGUUUUGGUUAAUGUGAGGAAUAAUUUGGGGAAUCAGUCUACGAGUUUGCAUUUUCAUGGGCUUUUCAUGAAUGGCUCGAAUCAUAUGGAUGGGCCGUCGCAGGUUACGCAGUGCCCUAUUCAACCUGGAGAGUCAUUUCUCUAUAACUUUACGGUAUGUCUCUUAUCUCUGUACUGAGAAUAUGCUGACUUCAAAGAUCACUCAACCCGGCACAUAUUGGUAUCACUCACACACUGAAAGCCAAUAUCCUGAUGGACUUAGAGGACCUCUGAUCAUUCACGACUCAAAGUCACCUUUCAAAGGAAAAUACGACGAAGAACUUAUCAUGACUAUCUCAGAUUGGUAUCACGAUCAAAUGCAGACGUUAAUACCAGAGUUUAUGAGGAAAGGAAACCCAACUGGUGCAGAGCCCGUCCCUCAAGCAGCUCUCAUGAACGAGACUCAAGAUCUCAAAGUGCCUGUUCAAACAGGCAAGACGUACUUUUUGAGAUUGGCGAAUAUCGGUGCUUUUGCGGGACAGUAUUUCUGGAUUGAGGGACAUAACAUGACGAUUGUUGAAGUUGAUGGUGCAUACACGAAGCCGGCACAAGCGAAUAUGGUUUAUUUAUCUGCUGGACAACGAUGCAGUGUGUUGAUAGCAACCAAGGACGACGCAUCAGCAAACUUCCCUAUUGUUGCGAGCAUGGAUACUGAUCUAUUCGAUGUUCUCCCCGAUGAUCUCAACUGGAACGUUACAGGUUGGCUUGUAUACGAUGAAGAAAAGCCUCUUCCCAAGCAAUCUGUCGUCUACGACUUUGAUCCUUAUGAUGAUAUGGAUCUUGUGCCGUACGAUGAAAUGGUUAGACUUCCUGAACCAAGCAGAAGUAUUGAGCUGGAUGUCAUCAUGGAUAACCUCCGAGACGGCGCAAACUAUGCCUUCUUCAACAACAUCACCUACCAAGCUCCCAAGGUUCCGACACUCUACACUGCAUUGACGAGUGGAAAGCAAGCGACGAAUCCUCAUAUCUAUGGAACGUAUACGCAUAGCUUUGUCUUGGAGAAGGAUGAGAUCGUGCAGUUGGUGAUUAACAACCGAGAUGAUGGACGACAUCCAUUUCACUUGCAUGGUCAUCACUUUCAAGUGUUGCAUCGGAGCGAUGAUGACGCUGGUGACUUUGAUGGAUCAGUGGAGUUUGCAGAGACGCCGAUGAGACGAGAUACAGUUGUUGUGAACGGAAAUGGCAAUGUGGUGCUGAGAUUCAAGGCCGACAACCCAGGUGUCUGGCUAUUCCACUGCCAUAUCGAAUGGCACGUCACGUCCGGAUUGAUCGCGACAUUCGUUGAAGAUCCCCUCGCAUUACAAGCUUCAUUGAAACUCCCCCACAACCAUCUCGACGCAUGCAAAGCUGGCAACAUUCCCACCGUCGGCAACGCAGCUGGAAACACUGAUCUCCUCGAUCUCUCCGGCGAAAACGUCCCUCCACCACGUCUUCCAGAAGGCUUCACGCUCAAAGGCAUCCUCGCAUUCGCAUUCAGUACAUUCAUGGGUAUUUUCGGUAUCUACACAGUCGCAUCCUACGGGAUGAAGAAAGACAAAAAGACCCCCGAGACAGCACCUCUCCUCGCAGAAGAAGAGCCGCAACAUUAGAUUAGACAAUAGAUCGCUACCAACGCCUUACCCCCCGUAAUAGCUCAUUUCUGCUUAGGCGGAGCAGCUGGAUACUUCGAGACCUCCCUCAAAUGAUCAGGCGUGCCCAGUGCCUCCAUCUGUCCACCGCGCUCCUUGAAUGCGACUUUGCGACCGCAGUUCUUGCAGAAAUGGCUAAUGUUUGGCGCGCAGUGACAUGCGUAAGGGAAAAUGACACCGAAAAGAGUCGUAAAGAAAAGAGCGGUUGCGUAAAUACUACAUCUCAAUUAGAUACCUCAAGUUUGAUCAGUUGCGGAAAAACGUACUGUGUCAUUGAAGA